AUGGCGGCGCUGCCGCCGCGGGAGUUCGCGGCUCAGGUGCUGCCGGGCUGCGUGGUGCCCACGGCGAGGCAGGGCCUGGCCCAGCUCUGGCCGCUGCUGCUGCUCUGCCUCGGGGCGCGGCUGCUGCACCGGCUCCCGCUGCCUCGGGGCGGGAAGCACGCAGGCGCCGUGGCGGGGGGGCUCCUGGCGCUGCACCACUUCUUCGGGGCGCACGCGCUGUGGGUGGCCCUGCUCAGCGCCCUGUGCGCGCUCACCCUGGCGCUCAGCCGCGCGCGCCGCCAGCGCGGGCUCUGCCUGGCCCUGGCCGCGCUCUGCUACCUCCUGCUGGGGGAGCUGCACAUGGUGGACACGGUGACCUGGCACAAGAUGCGAGGGGCGCAGAUGGUGGUGGCCAUGAAGGCCGUGUCCUUGGGCUUCGACCUGGACCGGGGGGGGGCGGGGGGGGAGCCGACCCCCGCCCAGGUCCUGGGGUACCUCUGCUCCCCCGGCUCCGUCGUCUUCGGGCCCUGGGAGCCCUUUGGGGCCUAUUUACGGGCAGUGGAGGGGCCCCCCCUGAGCAUGGCCUGGGCCCGGAAGGGGCUGCGCAGCCUGGGCCUGGCCCUGCUCUGCCUCCUGGUGUCCACGUGCCUCGCGCCCUUCCUGUUCUCCUGCCUCCUGCCGCUGUACGGAGCCCACGCCCUGCACCAGAGCGUCUUGGCCAGGUGGCUCCGUGCCUACGAGAGCGCGCUCUCCUUCCACUUCAGUAACUACUUCGUGGCCUUCCUGUCCGAGGCCACGGCCACGCUGAGCGGCUCCGGGGCCUCCGUGCGGCACGAGCACCUCCAGUGGGACCUGGCGGUGUCGCGGCCGCUGCGGGUGGAGCUGCCCCGGUCCAUGGCGGACGUGGUGACCAAUUGGAACCUGCCCAUGUCCCGCUGGCUGCACACGUACGUGUUCCAGACCGCCCGGUGCCUGGGCACCUUCGCGGCCGUGCUGGGGACGUACGCGGCCAGCGCCCUCCUGCACGGCCUCAGCUUCCACUUGGCCGCCGUCCUCCUCUCCCUCGGCCUCAUCACCUACAGCGAGCACAUGCUGCGCCAGCGCCUCGCUGCCAUCUUUGACGCCUGUGUCCUGUCCAAGCGCUGCCCCCCCGGCUGCUCCCAUCGGCACAAGGACACCCUAUGGGUGCGGGCGCUGAACGGAGCCCUGGGCGCCAUCGCCCUCUUCCACCUCUCCUACCUGGGUGCCCUCUUCGACCUGGAGGCCGACGACACCAUUGAGGAGCAGGGCUAUGGGAUGUCCUACACCAUCCGCAAGUGGUCGGAGCUGAACUGGGCGAGCCAUUGGGUGACGCUGGGCUGCUGGGUGCUGGCCCGGCUGCUGCGCUGAGGGGCACUGGGAGCCACUGGGAGCUACUGGGAGCCACUGGGGACCAUAGAGCAGCGCCCACCCGG